AGAGGGACGGUGGAAGGACAGGGAGAGGAGAGGGAGGAAGAAAGAGGGAUUGACGCGACAGAUGACGAGCAGCCGCUGUAUGCCCAUCCCCACGGACCCUUCGACCCCCGGCGCGGCUAUUUCUACCUGGACCGGUGUGGUUUCCGUGUGCCUGAUCGCAUCAGUGCACAACAUGCCAAGGGGAAACGGCCUCUGCAACGCUCGCUCACUCCCCACCUCGAUUGUUGCCCGGCAGCGCUCUAUACCUCGGACAAGGCGGUCCCACGCUGGCGCCCCGUCCAGAGCUUCGUGGCCCUCACAGACAAUUUGGGGCCUCAGACCGGCGGCUUUGAAUGCGUGAAAGGCUGGCAUCGGACCUUCCAGAGCUGGGCGGACCAUCGACCGACCUGUCGUCAAACGGGGAAAGCCGCGCCUUGCGUCGGCGACUUCACCCCCAUCCGUCCCGUGGAAGACGCCGAGGUGAUUGCUCGCUUUGCUCCUGUCUACUACCAGGCUGGAAGCGUCAUAGCCUUCGAUUGGCGCAUCCCCCAUGCCAACGCCACGCACCAUGUCGGGUUGGAACCUCGGCAAGUCAGCUACGCCAGUUUUCUUCCCGAUGUGCCGGUGAACCGGGAAUAUGCCCGGCGCCAAGCUCAACGGUUUUACAACGGGUUGCAGCCGGACGACCAAUGGAAAGAAAAUUCCGACAGUAAAGAGGUAUAUGGCGAUGGCUCUGUCUUCGAGUUCUCCGACUUAGGGCGCCGCUUGCUGGGAUUCGGUGCGGAGGAAGUGAGUUUACGUGCUGAAAAUGAAUUCGGAGCUCUAGAAAGAGGCGAUGCGGGCAGAGAGGACAAUUUGUGCAGAUUCUCAGGACGUAGACAGCCGGGAGAUCCUUGUAGUGCGGGACAGAAAAGGGAAUGUGGGAAACAAGGGCGUACCUAGAGGUUUUUCGCAAAAUUCUCAAUGUUUUCUUAAAAAAGCUUAUUAGAUUGCCUGCAUUACAGGAAAGGAAUGCAAUAUAGCUAAAGCCCUGGAUUGGACCGUACGAAAUCGUCCUGUCCAGGGGUUUGCUAAUCCAUCGGAGACUCCUUUCUUGUGAAAUGGACAAUAUAAUCAAGCUCCUGUACGAUAGACACGUUGGCAGGGAUACAAAGCAAAUGUAGGACUAUGAUCGCUGUUGUCCAGGAAAGUUUGCUUCCUGUAAAUUUCUUUUCCACAUCCAAGGGGCACAAAUUUUGUCCUCCACAAGCGGCUACUCUUUUACGAAGAGCGAUCCCACAUUCGUCAGUGAUGUGCCAUCUUGUACUGCAGUCCACAGUACUUGCAGGUUGCAACUUCCUCCCCCACUGUGUUGAGCUGGAUGUACUCGAUCGGGUGACCCAUGCCCCCUCCCCCUCCAUCGCACAACGCCACCGUCCCAUGCACCUCUGUCACCGGGAACUGUGCGACAAGUUCUUCGGCAUUACUUCGGUGCGCGCCGUGAGUGUACGGAGAGUUGCUGGGGUUUGAAGGCGGGGACGAGGAUGGGGGAACAGAGAAGCAACGCCGCGAAGGGGCGCUCAUGAUAGCGGGCGCAUGCACUCUGCGCUGAACCCGGAAGGCUGUCUUUACAGUAGCGAGCUGCCGUGUAAUUGAAUUGCGCAGCAUGAUUUCCUGAUGUGUGUGCUGCGAUCCUGUGCCCUGUGUUU